GUCUCUGCGGAGGACGCAGGCGGGAACCCCAGCCGCACAGUGAUGUUCAGGGCUAGGCGCACGUAGCCCCGCGCCCGGGAGGUUGGAUUUGGGGAGGCUCGGAACUCCCGCCAGUGAGGCCCGAGGCGGGCACGUGGGAGGCCCCGGCCCGGGGCUCUGUGGGGCCAGCAGGAGGUUGGACACGGAGGCAGGGGGAUAAUCCAACCCCUCCAGCGGGCCGAGUCCUUCCCACUUCGCCGCCCCAGCGCGAUAGCGGCAGCCGGGCUCUGCCGUGCCCCCUCCCACGCCCGCCUCCUUCCACGUCUGGCUGCGCCGCGGCCGCUCCCCGGGGCCCGGGCUAUAAGAGGCUCCGCCUGGGGCUGGCCGCCGCUGCUGGAGGCAGAAGGCGGCGGUGGCGAGAGGCUGCGGCCAUGAAGUCCCCGCAAACCGAGAGCGCGGCCGGCCCAGGCUCCGCUGACGGUCUCCCCCGCCCGGCCCCGGGCCCUGCCGCGCUGCGGGCGGAUGCCGGGGAGCUGGCAGAGGUGCUGGGCGAGUUCGAUGCCGUGAUCGAAGACUUCUCCUCGCCCGUCAGCAAGCGCCACUUUCACUACGAGGAGCACCUGGCGCGGAUGAAGCGGCGGAGCAGCGCCAGCGUCAGCGACUGCAGCGGCAUGAGCGACUCCGAGAGUGCAGAUUCACUCUACAGAAACAGUUUUAGCUUCAGUGAUGAAAAACUUAACUCUCCAACAAUGUCAGUUCCAACUCCUACUUUACCAUCUCCAGCAAUAACUCCUUGUAAAGCAAAACUGGGAGACACAAAAGAACUAGAAGACUUUAUUGCUGAUCUUGACAGGACAUUAGCAAGUAUGUGAAGCAAGGGGAUUUUUGGCAUCAUCCCUGUCUACAGAUAAUUCCUCGAAAGAUGCAAUGAAGACCUAAUGCUAUGGAUCACUGAAAGCCGCUGCCAUGUCUGACAACUGUCAGCUUUGCCAUCCAGCAUAUUCAUCUUCUGAACAUAACAAUAGUCACCUUCUCUAAGCAUUUAACUGAUAACAUCAGUUUUGUUACUUUGCAGCAGGCAGGAUCAGAUAACUUAAAUGUGCUGAUACUAUAUUUUUUCUUUAAAAUAUAGCUUAAAAGCAAUUUUAAAUUAAAAUUUAUGAAAAUAUAUUUGUAAUUUUAUAUAGUUGGAAACUUUAAUGCUUUUAAUAUAUUUUUGUAUACAAAUAAAACUUGAACUGAAAUGUA